CGAUGAUGGCGGAUUUUUAAAAUUUUAUUAAAUCUUUGUUCUUUGCUUAUUAUAAUAUUUUGUCCGGUUGUACUUUCGAUCAAGAGCUUUUCAAAAAUAAAAUUUCCGCAAAACUUGAAAGAUGUCCUUGCUUAAAUUUGUUAGUUCUUCUCUUUCCUUUGCUCAGAAAUGUGCAUUUAAGAACCUAAACAGUAAAAUCCAGCAUGUGAGCAAACGUUUCCUGAAUAUUCAUGAGUACCAGGCUAUGGACUUGCUCAGAUCUGCUGGCAUACCAACACCCCAAUACCAAGUGGCUACUACUUCACAAGAGGCUUUUGAUAUAGCCCAAAAAUUUGGCGAAGCUUCGGGGACAAAAGAUGUGGUUCUGAAGGCUCAAGUUCUUACCGGGGGAAGGGGUAAAGGUCAUUUUGAAAGUGGCCUGAAAGGAGGUGUCAAGGUCGUUUAUGAUCCUGCUCAGGCUAAAGACAUUGCCUCGAAGAUGAUCAAUUCAAAGAUUUUCACUAAACAGACUGGGGAGGCAGGCACAAUUUGUAAGAAAGUGAUGAUCAGUGAGAGGGUGUAUUCAAGGAGAGAGUACUAUUUCGCCAUUGCUCUUGACAGGGCAGCCGCUGGUCCAGUUAUUCUGGCCAGUUCUCAAGGUGGGGUGAACAUUGAAGACGUCGCUCGCGACAGUCCGGACGCGAUAAUCCGCCAGUUCAUAGACAUUGAAAACGGAAUUCAGGAAGAUGAGGCCAAGAAAAUUGCAGUCUUCAUGGGAUUUGAAGGUGACUGUCUGACCCAGGCUGUUCAACUGAUCACUAAGUUGUAUAACCUCUUUGCCAAGCAUGAUUGCACUUUGUUGGAGAUUAAUCCCAUGGCUGAGAUUUCUACUGGGAAAGUCAUCUGCAUGGACUGUAAGUUGAACUUCGAUGACAAUGCUGAAUAUCGGCAGAAAGAGAUUUUCGAUUUGAAAGACUGGUCUCAGGUCGAUGAGAAAGAGAAGAAGGCCUCCGAAGCUAACCUCAAUUACAUUGCUCUCGACGGCUCUAUUGGCUGUUUAGUUAAUGGGGCAGGCCUAGCGAUGUCGACCAUGGACAUAAUCAGACUGCACGGAGGUUACCCUGCCAACUUCCUCGACGUUGGGGGCGGAGCUACGAGUCAACAGGUCACGGAGGCCUUCAGGCUUAUCACCUCUGAUCCGAAGGUCAAGGCCAUUCUGGUGAAUAUAUUUGGGGGCAUUAUGAGGUGUGACGUCAUUGCGAAGGGCAUCAUUGAUGCGGCUCAUACCCUGAAACUUAAGAUACCUAUAAUUGUCAGGCUGCAAGGAACACAGGUUGAUGAUGCCAAGGCUCUCAUUGCUUCAAGCUUCAUGAAGAUAUUGGCCUGUGAUAAUCUCGACGAUGCGGCUAAAAUGGCAGUGAAGUUGGCAGACAUUGUAGACCUGGCCCAACAGGUGGCCGUCGACGUGAAGUUUGAACUGCCCAUCUAGACGUUUGGCUUGGGCCGGCUGUUUAAAUGGCCGGCCCUAUACCCCCUCCCCCCGUCAUACUGUAAUCAUCAACAGCUUCGUCAUCUUCAUUGUCAUUGUUUCGAUGCUAUUUUUGAUGACUUGAUGUUGUUGGUUGGUUGAUUUGUUUGCUACUGGUUACAUAUAUAUAUAUAUAUAUAUAUAUAUAUAUAUAUAUAUAUAUAUAUAUAUAUAUAUAUAAAAUACCCUAGAUGUGAUUAAUUUUUUUUCGUAUGACAUUUUUUACCAAAAUUUCUGAAAUAUUGUUAUUUAAUUUAGUUUUUCUUUCUCUUCUCAAUUUCCUCUUAAACAGAGAUAUUCCUAAUUUAAGGCUGUCCGUUAGCUUGUUUCAUUGGAGUUCAUUAACCUGUUUGUAAUGCUUACAUAACCCAUAAUUCUUUAUAUGGGUGAUGAGAUUUUCAAUUGUAUGUAUCUGUGUGUGUGUUGGUAUGUAUGUGUAUGUAUGUAAGUAUAUGUGUGUGUGUGAGAGAGGAGAGAGAGAGAAAAAAGAGGAGACUCCUCUAAAGUGUAUGUGUGUGAGAGAAAGAGAUAGUGAGGGGACUGACAUGCACUAUUACCGUUCUCAAAUUUUUUGGCUUAACACAUUUUAAAAAAAAGUUUCUCUAGAUAUCGUUCUUACCAAAUACAUACAUACGUAUAUUUAUACAUAUUAUAAUAUAUACAUAUAUAUAUAUAUGCAUCUAUAUACGUAUUCUAUGGGGAUGGUUAUUUAUUUAUUGCUGUUUUUUAGGUAAAUUUUAAUAAGAAAUAGAUCAAAAAGUUGUUUUUGAUGAAAAAUAAUUUGUCAAUUGUUGUUGAAAGAUUAAAAAGUACGGAUUUGGUAUUCAUUUUAUUAAAAAUAUACGAUCUUUGUCUCUGUAGAAUUACAAUUACAUUUUGUAGGUCAGGUAAAGGUUUUUCAGAUGCUAGUAUAUUCAGUAACAGAUUUAUUCAGUUAUUUAUUUACUUAUUGUUGAAUCAUUUUAUUUAUAUAAAUUAAAAAAGUUAUAUAUAUAUAUACAUACAUGAAUAACAAUAUCUUUUCUAAAACUACAUUUUAAAA